AUGUCAGCUGUCAAUGACACCAACUUCAACUCUGCAGUGUUCCUACUGACCGGGCUACCUGGGCAGGAAGACGUCCAUCUCUGGAUCUCUAUCCCCUUUUGCUUAGUGUAUGUUAUUUCAAUAAUAGGAAAUUCAGUCAUUCUGUUCAUUAUAAAAACAGAUCCAACCCUCCAUGAGCCCAUGUACAUUUUCCUUUCCAUGUUGGCCAUCACAGACCUUGGCAUAUCGAUAACCACCAUACCCACGAUACUGGGCAUAUAUUUGUUUAACUCUAGGGAGAUCAGCCUUGAUGCCUGUUUUGCCCAGCUGUUCUUCAUCCACUCCCUGUCAUUCAUUGAAUCCUCCAUUCUCUUGUUGAUGGCCUUUGACCGCUUUGUCGCGAUCUCUAACCCACUGAGAUAUGCUUCCAUCUUAACUCUUCCAAGAAUAGCCAAGAUGGGACUGGUGUUUGUGUUAAGAGGGUUUGUCCUAACAUUCCCACUCCCCUUUCUCUUGAAGCGGUUCCGAUACUGUCGAGCCAAUGUCCUCUCCCAUUCCUACUGCCUGAACCAGGAGGUCAUGAAGCUGGCUUGUUCAGAUAUCACAAUCAACAGCAUCUAUGGCUUGUUUAUUACGCUCUUAAUGGUGGGGUUGGACUCGCUGCUCAUCUUCCUCUCUUAUGUGAUGAUCUUCAAAACAGUGCUGAAAGUCGCGUCCCCGACAGAGUGCCUGAGGGCCCUGAACACCUGUGUCUCCCACCUCUGUGCUGUUGUGCUCUUUUACACACCAGAGAUCGGUUUGUCUCUGUUACACAGAUUCGGGAAGGGCUCGCCUCCAUUGCUUCAGAUUCUCCUGGGCUACAUCUACCUGCUGGUCCCGCCUCUGAUGAAUCCAAUUGUGUACAGCGUGAAAAGCAAACACCUUCGUGCGAGGAUAAUCAGGGUGUUUGUCAAGUGA